UGCAUCCAGUUCAGAAGUGUAGAAGUACUCCUUCGGGCUUAUGCCCUUCACGAGUUUCCUUCGCUGUCUUUCUCCACAGAAUCCUCUCUCCUUUCCCUCCCUUCGCAAACUCCUUCAUCCACCGAAGAAGCCUUGCAGUCUAUCUCUACCGCUAGCCGCAUCAGUUUUUCAAUGUUUGCUCACCGACCAAGCGGAGUGUAAGAGAAAAUUGGGAAGGAAGUUUGAGUUUGAUCUUUUGUGCUCCUUAGCAAUGGAUUCGCAAUCAACCAGCCUUCUGGUGUUAUGUGGAAAAUCGUCUGCUGAGAUUGAAUUUGCUAAAUCUCUGAAGGCCAAUAACACUCUCAAACUCCCCGACAACGGUGAAGUGUCGAUCCUUUUGCACCCGGAGAUCGAAAAAACUGAAGAAGAGCCUUUUCAGAUGGAUUUGUUUAUGAGUUCUCUGUCAACGAAUACUUUUGGUAGGUUCCUUAUUUGGUCUCCGCAGUUGCUUUCGACCCACGACGUUGUUUCUCACAAUUUUUGUGAGCUGCCCAUUGGUACCGUAUGUGUUGCUGAUGUUCAACUCAAAGGACGAGGUCGGUCUAAGAAUAAGUGGGAAUCUCCAAGGGGCUGCCUUCUGUUUUCUUUUACAUUACAAAUGGAGGAUGGUCGGACAGUGCCCCUUUUACAAUAUGUUGUUUCUCUCGCUAUUACAGAAGCAAUAAAGAGCAUAUGCGACUCAAAGGGAUUACCACAUCUUGAUGUUAAAAUAAAGUGGCCAAAUGAUCUGUACUUAAAUGGUCUUAAAGUUGGAGGCAUUUUAUGCACCUCAACAUAUAAAUCACGGAAGUUCAAUGUCAGCGCUGGUAUAGGCUUGAAUGUUGAUAAUGAGAAACCGACAACAUGCUUGAAUGCAGUACUACGAGAAUUAUCUUCUGUUGCUUACCAAUUUAGAAGAGAAGAUAUCGUUGCAGCUUUCUUCAAUAAAUUUGAGACUCUUUUUAGUCUUUUCAUAAAUCAAGGAUUUCAAACUCUUGAAGAACUAUAUUGUAAGACAUGGCUACAUAGUGGGCAGAGAGUUAUCGUACAAGAAAAUAAUGAGGGCCAAAUGGUGGAAAAUGUAGUAACAAUUCAGGGUCUGGCAUCCUCGGGAUAUUUGUUGGCUAUUGGUGAUGAUGGUCAAAUGUGUGAGCUUCAUCCUGAUGGAAAUAGCUUCGACUUCUUCAAAGGACUGAUCAGGAGGAAACUAGAGUGAGGAAGAUUCCUUGUCACUUUCUAUUGGAGAUAACAAUCAUGCUGCACCAUGUGCACAACUGAGGGUGUUUUGUUAUCUUUAUUUUUUUCUGUGUGUUCUUAUAUGUGGUCAAUGUAUUCCAACAUAUUGCUUUGUUUUGGAUUUUUUUUUUUUCCCUGAGAAAUGAGAUAUCGGUCAAACUUGCAUCAAUUCGUCCUUUAGUUAAGUAGGUUGGAUUUCAUUAAUCAAGACUGCUGUACAACUAUCUCGUACAUAUGUGAGCCAAAAAAUGGAAUAUUCCCAGUGAUAUAUAUAUCCAUAUUUGAUAAUCUAA